GCGCCCAGCACGUCCCGACCCCGCUGUGCCAUGCCUGCAGUUUAGGAUCCAAAGCUUCUCUACUCGUUUUGUUCUUUUCUUUUAUAAAAAGAGGAGGGGAAGUCCCGGUGGCGGGCAGCCGGGCACACACACAACCCGCCCUCGCAGCCCGACAAAAGCAGAUGCACCUUGACUUCUGACAGCUCUACCUCAAGCCCGUGAGAACUCCCUGCAAAUAGCUCGUCGCGUGCGUCGCCCUCUUGCUUCCCCGUUUUAUUUAUUUAAUUCGUUACCCUCACCGUCUCGGUGACCUUCACUUCUCCGCGGGUUCUGGGCAGAAGAGUCGCUUUCGCACCCGCCGGAGACUCUUUUCCUCACCCCAGGAGCGGUGGUGGCGCUGCUGGACCCGGGGCCUUGGGACGCCCAGGCUGCACACCACCGGGGCGCCCCGUUUUGCCUCGUCCCUCCCCCCCCUUUUGAUUUCCUGGUGCGGAUUUCGGCUGGCACCGCCGUGUGUGUCUCCUCUUUUUGGAGGAGCUGGGGAGCUCCUUUCGGGAGUCCACCCUUCUGCUCUACCUGCUCUUCUCUCUCCGGGCCUCACCCGACUAAACCAAAGACCAUGGUGCACUGUGCCGGCUGCAAAAGGCCCAUCCUGGACCGCUUCCUCUUGAACGUGCUGGACAGGGCCUGGCACGUCAAGUGCGUCCAGUGCUGUGAAUGUAAAUGCAACCUGACCGAGAAGUGCUUCUCCCGGGAAGGCAAGCUCUACUGCAAGAACGACUUCUUCCGGUGUUUCGGUACAAAAUGCGCAGGCUGCGCGCAGGGCAUCUCCCCUAGCGACCUGGUGCGGAGAGCGCGGAGCAAAGUGUUUCACCUCAACUGCUUCACCUGCAUGAUGUGUAACAAGCAGCUCUCCACCGGCGAGGAGCUUUACAUCAUCGACGAGAACAAAUUCGUCUGCAAAGAGGAUUACCUAAGCAACAGCAGCGUCGCCAAAGAGAACAGCCUGCACUCGGCCACCACGGGCAGUGACCCCAGUUUGUCUCCGGACUCCCAAGACCCGUCGCAGGACGACGCCAAGGACUCGGAGAGCGCCAACGUGUCGGACAAGGAAGGGGGCAGCAAUGAGAAUGACGACCAGAACCUGGGCGCCAAGCGGCGAGGGCCACGCACCACCAUCAAAGCCAAGCAGCUGGAGACGCUGAAGGCUGCCUUUGCCGCGACGCCCAAGCCCACGCGCCACAUCCGAGAGCAGCUGGCUCAGGAGACGGGCCUCAACAUGCGCGUCAUUCAGGUCUGGUUCCAGAACCGACGCUCCAAGGAACGGAGGAUGAAGCAGCUGAGCGCGCUGGGCGCCCGGCGCCACGCCUUCUUCCGCAGUCCGCCCUUCUCCUUCUACGGAGAUUACCAGAGCGAGUACUACGGGCCCGGAGGCAACUACGACUUCUUCCCGCAAGGCCCCCCGUCCUCGCAGGCUCAGACACCCGUGGACCUACCUUUCGUGCCAUCGUCCGGGCCGUCCGGGACGCCCCUGGGCGGCCAGGAGGGGCCUCUGCACUCCAUGUCGGCUGAGGUCUUCGGGCCGAGCCCGCCCUUCUCGUCGCUGUCGGUCAACGGCGGGGCGAGCUAUGGGAACCACAUGUCUCACCCUCCCGAAAUGAACGAGGCGGCCGUGUGGUAGCCGGGCCUCGCGCGGUCCGCGGAGUUCGUGGUUGUACAGAAAUGAACUUUUAUUUAAGAAAAAUAGAAAAAAGAAAAAAAAAUCAUAAAAAUCAAGUCACCCCCCCCCACUACCACCACUUUCCUCCAGCCUCGGGGACCAUUUUCCGUCUGGGGAGACUGGAUGGGAAAGGGAAACAUGACAUAGGAUUGAAAUCUGCCUGGAGGUAGGACUGGGAUCCGCGAGCUGGCUGGCCCGGUGCAGGACUGGGCUUCCUAAGGGAAACACAGGCCUCUCCUCGCCUCCCACCUGGACCCGACUCCGUGGACAGACAGCGCGGGCGUGCGAGUCUGGCCGGCGGGCGGCACAGGAACGACCACGGCGGCCUCCGGGGUGCACAGCUCACUCAUGACGCCAGGAGGGAGGCUGCGCCCACAGCCAGGCUCGGGCUUUGGAGGUGAGCGGUCCUCAGGCGCUCCCAGGCCAGCCCAGGGGGCUCUGGCUGUGGGAAACCUAAUAGUGUUGGUCUCAGUUCAGCAACAGCGCCAACAAACUUAAUAGCUUCAGAAACGUCGACCUGCUGUGCAUCAGGUGGGACUAUAUAUAUAUAUAUAUUUUGUCUCUCUGGGUUUUGUUUUGUUUUGUUUUUGCCAAAAUUGCAAAAUUCUAAAUGUAAAGCCCUCAGUAUCAACUCUUCUACCUUCACAAAGCUCUAUACACCUAUACACACAGACACACUGGAUAGGACGGUCUACAGCCAGACCUCUCAGUAAAAUGACUUGAACAUCAUCUGUACAAGAAAAGUAUUCUACUUUCACACACACGCGCGCACACACACACACACAGAGUUUUAAAAAAGACUAUUGAACUAAAAACAGUCAACUGUUUACGUAUAAUGUUAAAUUCAGGAGUUCAGUGUUUUACUAAUAACAUCCUGUUUUGAAACCUCUUGUUCAAAAACAAAACGUUUUGAGCAGUCAACCAAAAUUGUUCAUUUUCUUUUCCUGUAGAUGUUCUGACAGAUUUGCAGGGCUCACAGCUCACUGUGCUAGUACGUAAAAAGGUGUUGUUUACACAAGGCAAAAAGAAAACACGAUAUUCAGACACUUGCCAAAUAGAAUAAUUAUAGCACAAAUACUGUAAAGGUGCCUGGCACCGCAACCUGAGAAAGUGUU